AUGACCACUCGCAGCGCCUCGCUGGGACUGCUCACGAACGUUGACGGCUCUUCGCAGUUCGAGUGGCAAGAUACGAAAGUUGUGUGCUCCGUGACGGGCCCUGUGGAGCCGAAGGCUAGACAAGAGUUGGCGACUAGAUUGGCUCUGGAGGUGAUUGUGCGUCCAGCUAGAGGAGUGCCCAACACCCGCGAAAAGCUGAUCGAAGAUAGGCUGCGUGCUGUGCUGACGCCGUUGAUAGUCUGCGAGAAGUAUCCGAGACAGCUGUGCCAGAUUACGUGCCAGAUCCUGGAGGCAGGCGAGGAUGAGAGCGAGUUUUCUGUUAAGGAGCUGAGCUGCUGCGUCAAUGCGUCUUUCCUUGCGCUGCUGGAUGCUCAGGUUGCGUUGCGCAGCUUCUGCGCCAGCGUGCCGUUGGCGAUCCUGAGAGAUUGUAACGAAUUGGUUGUUGUUCCAUCUGCCCAGCAAUUGCAGGUUUCCCUCUCGACUCACAGUGUGGCGCUGGAGCUCGUAGCGGGCGCAAAGACGGUCCAGAGCGUGUUGCUGCUCGACAGCAACGGGGACUUCACGGAGGACGACCUGUUCAGGGUUCUGCAGCUUGCAGAGCAGAACUGCCUUGAACUGGCGCAGUUCUUGAGGAAGACAGUCGCAGAGAAGAUCACGAACGAAGUGGUACGAACCGAGGUGGUCGAAAGUUAA